UCUCCCACUUAAUCCUUUAUUUAGUUCUUCACAUUCACAAAUAUAAAAUAUCAUCUUCUCCAUACCCCUAACCGAAUCCAAAAGUCCUUGAAGAUACAUAUACACAAUGGUUGAUCUCACGUCGACGGAUGACCAUGAAGGUGAAGGAGGAAGAGGGAAAUCAUCAACUUAUGUUCAAAAAAUGAUUGACGUGGAAGAAGCAAAGAGUCAAAUUAUUUACUCUCUUCCAAUGAUAUUCACCAAUGUUUUCUACUAUUGUAUCCCUUUAACCUCCGUGAUGUUUGCUUCUCAUCUCGGCCAACUUGAGCUUGCCGGUGCUACCCUCGCUAAUUCUUGGGCUACCGUCACCGGUUUUGCCUUCAUGACAGGGUUAAGUGGAGCACUUGAGACAUUGUGUGGACAAGGCUUUGGUGCAAAAAACUACAGGAUGUUGGGGAUUCAUCUACAAUCAUCUUGUAUUGUCUCAUUAGUCUUCACCAUCCUCAUCACCAUCUUAUGGUUUUUCACGGAACCGGUCUUCUUACUUCUUAGACAAGAUCCUAGCAUCUCAAAACAAGCUGCACUCUAUAUGAAGUAUCUAUCCCCCGGUUUAUUUGCUUAUGGAUUCUUACAAAACAUUAUGAGAUUUUGCCAAACACAAUCCAUCAUUAUUCCGCUAGUUGUCUUCUCGUUUCUUCCCUUGGUGAUUAAUAUCGGUCUGACGUAUGCGCUGGUGCAUUUAGCUGGGCUUGGAUUCAUUGGUGCUCCAAUAGCUACAUCUAUUUCAUUGUGGAUAGGUUUCAUUUCUCUCGGAACUUAUGUGGUUUGUUCAGAAAAGUUUAAGGAAACAUGGACUGGAUUCUCGUUGGAAUCGUUUCGUUAUGUAGUUGUAAACUUGAAGUUAAGCAUCCCUUCUACUGCUAUGGUAUGUUUAGAAUAUUGGGCGUUCGAGAUUCUUGUCUUCUUGGCGGGAUUGAUGCCAAAUCCAGAAAUCACCACCUCUUUAGUAGCUAUAUGCGUCAACACGGAAUCAAUUAGCUACAUGUUAACAUGCGGACUUAGCGCAGCUGCAAGCACGCGUGUGUCCAAUGAACUUGGAGCAGGAAAUGUAAAAGGGGCAAAGAAAGCGACUUCUGUAUCCGUUAAGUUGUCUUUAGUUCUUGCUCUCUGCAUAGUGGUUGCCAUACUUAUAGGACAUGAUGUUUGGGUUGGGUUAUUCAGCAAUAGCCAUGUAAUUAAAGACGAGUUUGCAUCAAUGAGGUUUUUCCUUGCUGCCUCUAUAACUCUUGAUUCAAUCCAAGGUGUUUUAUCAGGAGUAGCAAGAGGAUGCGGAUGGCAACGUAUAGUCACGGUUAUAAAUUUGGGAACAUUCUACCUUAUUGGAAUGCCUAUAUCCGUCUUUUGUGGUUUCAAGUUGAAGUUGUAUGCCAAGGGUUUGUGGAUUGGUCUGAUAUGUGGGAUGGUUUGCCAAUCCUCAUGUCUAUUGCUUAUGACAAUUUUCCGGAGGUGGACAAAGCUGAAUGCUGCUACCGUCUGAAAACUCUUAAGUUCCAUUUGUCAGAGUAAGGUAGAAGAAUGUUAUUGUGGACGCCAUAAAUAACUCAUGAUCUUCUUUCACACGCUUAGUUAGAACUUUUGAACUUAUCUUUGUUAAUUUUGGAAUGUAAAGCAUCAUUCGGUAAGUGAUCAAGGAAGGAUUGUGUUCAAGAAAAUACAUUAUUAAGUUUAACUUUAGAUGAACAUUAAUUGAAUCAUCAUGUUUUUUGUAACAA